AUGUCCGACAGAAUACAAAAGAAUGACUUGUACGUCUAUGAUUUGUCUGAUGAGAUCCUUUCUUCUUUGCAGUUGAUAUCUUUCGACUCUGAUAUGAAUGAGGUUAAAGUGGUCCAUUCUGAUGUAGAAAUCGAAAACAAAAAGGAAAUUGAGGUUAAAACAGUACCUUCAUGUGCUUCAUGUGGUAUUAAUGCAUUUCCUAAUGAUAAUUCUGAUCCUCGAUAUCAUUUUAAAACUGAUUUACACAAAUUCAACAUAAAAAGAAGAGUUUACGGUUUAUCUCCAGUCGAUGAGCAAGAGUUUAGGCAGUUGAUUAAAAGUAAAGAAACAGCCACUGCAGAAGAUUCUGACAGUGAUUCUUUAUCUGGUGAGGAUGAUGAGACAGAUGAAAUAGAAGAAGAUGAUAUUUCUACAAGAGGAGGAGAGCAGUUGACAGCAAUUCUCGAGCAUGAACUCCAGGAUUUGAUGAUCAAUGACAACCAAACGGGACCCGUUUCUCAUUUAAACACACAAUCUCCUUUAAUAUUCAUGCAUUCUGCUGAAUUAUCGGGACCAAGAAUUUUCGGGGCUUAUAAAGUACUAUUUAAUGCAGAGGAAUUGAAAUGCCCAUUGAAAUCAAUUCAUCAUUGGAAAAAUCAGGAUAAAACCGAGCAUUUCUCUGUGUUGUUCAUGAUUGGCGGCGGUCAUUUUGCAGGAGCAGUGGUAUCGCAUCAAAAGAUACCAACUAAUGGUAAUAACAAAAAUAAAUAUAUCCUAUCUCUACAAGAGCAGUCAGUACAGUUUUUGGAACAGAAAACGUUCCAUCGAUACACUACCAGAAGAAAGCAAGGUGGCUCCCAAUCAGCAAAUGACAAUGCCAAGGGAAAGGCAAAUUCCGCUGGUUCAACUCUACGUAGAUAUAAUGAAGCAGCGUUGAAAGCAGACAUACAAGCAUUGUUAAAGGAUUGGGAACCCUACAUUGCAAAGUGUGACAAUAUUUUCAUUAGAGCCAAUAGUGUCACAGAUAGAAAGAUCUUCUUAGAUAAUACUUGCAUCUCUAAAACUGAUGUCAAACUAAAGUCUUUCCCAUUCACUACGAUGCGCCCAUCCUCAAAUGAACUAAGGCGUGCCUGGGUUCAAUUGACGUAUUUAUCGAUAACGGACAAACCUCAACCAAAAGUCAAAAAAUUGCAAACUGAUCAUUCAAAGAACAAACCUAGGAAACUUACAAAUUCUCCAACACCAGUGCCUCUGAAGACAGAAGAUGAACAACAUACCGAAAAGCUAAUCUCAUUUAUUCAAAAGAGUAAGGCGCCGCUGUUAAUAUCGUAUAUCAAGAAAAACAAUCUUGAUGUCAAUAUUACUUUGCAACCCUCUUCUGAAUAUCAUCACACACCAACAAUGCUACAUUAUGCAUCAUCUCACGGCUUGAAACACAUGGUAUUGGUGUUGUUGUCCACUUUAAAAGCAGAUCCUACAAUUACUAACAAUGUUGGAAAAACAGCGUGGGAUCUGGCGAGUGACACCAUGGUCAAGGAAACCUUCCAGUUGGCGCGUUAUAAUUUAGGAGAAAGCUUCACGGAUUGGGAGCAAAGUCAUGUUAGUGGAGCAUUAUCGGCUGAACAGAUAGAUGAAAGGCACAAGAAGAUAGCACUCGAAGAAGAGAAAGAAAAGAAAGACUUGAUAGAAAAAGAAUUGCAGGCGGCAAAGGAAAGAAUCAAAGAGGAAAAAGAUGCUAAAAGAGGUCCCGGAAUGAAACUUGGCGCCGCAUCCUCUAACGUUCAAAUAAAUUUGAACUCUUUAACUGAUGAUCAACGGAUGAGAUUGAUGAGAGAGCAGCGAGCUCGUGCAGCUGAAGCGAGAAUGAAAAGAUUUUCUGGUAACUAG